AUGCCUAAUCAUAUACCUAAACAAGAAGAAGUGACUCUUGAACCUAUAAGUCAAACUGGUUAUAAACUUAAGCUAGACGGUGUAAGAGAUAAACAAGAUGUUUUAGAUCAAUGGAAGAAGAGUAUGAGUAGUGUACUUAAUUUAAACACUGACUGGACUUCAGAAAAUUUCUUAAACUAUAUCGAACAUAGUCUUUAUGGCUGUGUAGAAGACUGGUACGAAGGAAUAGAGGAAGAAGUCAAAAUUGCAUUAAGAGCUAGUGAAUCACCUACUAGAAUGUUCAGACAAUUAUGUCAAUACAUUGAGGUAGAAUUCAUUGGUCCUAGAGCAGAUCCUAAUGAAAAACGAAUGGAAUAUCAAAGGAAGUUAAGUAAUUUGUCCAUCUGUAAUAUGAAAUAUGUUGAUGAUUACAUUAUGGAAUUUGAAACAUACUAUUAUAAAAUUGGUGAAAAUGAAACAAAUCUUGGAAUGUUCUAUGAAAAAUUACCUAGUCCUCUUUAG